AUGAGCGCUUACGAGAAGCAACCAUCGCCAGUAUCACCUCCAAGUUCUAACUCGUUUUCGUCCACAUCGUCAAGGUCCGUGCCUGAGAGUGAACCAGCUGCAUUUGGUGGGACUUCACCUGAUACACAUGCUAGAACCGAUAUACCCUCAAAUGAAAAAAGAUACAACGACCAUGGCGAACAUGGAGCAGUUGAUGAAUCACAUGCAUCUUUCCAGUCUGGUCAUGCUUCAUUAGCGCCUGAAGGUGAAGUCGAUGCGACUAGAAAACUAUCAAGAAUUUACACGGGUACUCAACAAGAUUUGGAAAAAAUUUCGGUUGAUUACACCGGAUGUCCUACUAUGGGUGGUGGCAGGCCAUAUCCACCUGCAUUACCGUCAAAGGACGCCUAUGAGGUUACAUAUGAUGGGCCUGACGAUCCAACGCAUCCAUUUAAUUGGAGCAUAAAGAAAAAGGUUUGGUUAUGCUGUUGGCUUUGUCUUGAUUGUAUUGCCAUUGCAAUGGGAUCGUCGAUUUUUGCCAGUGGUGUUGAACAAAUAUGUGAAAUUUACCACGUUAUUCCUGUCGUUGCAAUUUUGGGUAUUGCACUCUACGUUUUGGGAUUUGCAGCUUCGCCUAUCAUCUAUGCACCUUUAUCUGAAUUAUAUGGUCGUAGAGGUGUUCUUGUGAUUUCAUCGUUUGGGUUUGCUAUUUUCCAUUUUGCAGUUGCGACCGCUAAGGAUUUACAAACAAUUAUGAUUUGUAGGUUUUUUGCAGGUUUUAUUGGUGCUGCGCCCAUGGCUGUGGUUCCGGCUGCAUUUACAGAUAUGUUCGAUACUAACUUUAGAGGUAAGGUGAUGGCACUUUUCGCCCUUGGUGUCUUUGUGGGUCCCAUCAUUGGUCCCGUUAUGGGUUCUUAUAUUGUUCAACAUACAACUUGGAGAUGGUUAGAAUAUGUUACCGCAUGUUUUUCAUCACUUGUUUUUGUUGGUAUCAUACUUUUUUAUGAUGAAACACAUCAUGCAACCAUUCUGGUUAGCAAAGCAUCUGAACUGAGGAAGAAGAGUGGUAACUGGGGGAUUCGUGCUUCCCAUGAAGAUGUUGAACUGUCUAUCGCGGAAAUUGCUAAGAAGACAAUUACACGUCCAAUCUAUAUGUUAUUUGUGGAACCCAUCCUUUUCUUCAUUACGCUUUACAAUUCAUUCGUUUAUGGUAUUCUUUACCUGUUGUUAGAGGCAUAUCCAAUUAUUUUUGUGGAAGGUUAUGGAUUAAAGAAGAAUGGUGAAUUACCAUAUUUAGCAUUAAUAGUUGGUAUGUUUGUCUGUGCGGGUUAUAUUUGGUACUGUGAAACUGCUUAUUUGCGUAAAUGUAAGCAGCACGGUGGGUUAGUUCCGGAGGCUCGUCUAUAUCCAAUGGUUGGAGCUGGUAUUGUUUUCCCCAUUGGUAUCCUUUGGUUCUGUUGGACUGGUAACUAUCCUCAUAAGAUUCAUUGGUCUUGUCCAACAGUGGCUGGUGGAUUAAUUGGUUUUGGUUUACUUGGUAUCUUCUUACCUUGCCUGAACUAUAUCAUUGAGUCAUAUCUGAUGCUUGCUGCUUCUGCUGUCGCUGCCAAUACCUUUAUGAGAUCUGCCUUCGGUGCAUGUUUCCCAUUGUUUGCAGGUUACAUGUUUCACAAUAUGGGAACAAAUUGGGCUGGUCUUUUGAUAGGAUUAUUUGCAGUAGCUUUGAUUCCAGUUCCAUUUUUAUUCUUAAAAUAUGGUAAGAAGAUCAGAUUAAGAAGUAAGUUUGCUUACUCUGGUUGA